CCCGACUCUUCCUCCUCGACUGUUGCAAGCGUUUUUAAGCUCGCCGGGCUCCGUCUCCGUCAUAGUAACCACUUGCCAGCCCUCCGUCUGCAGUUGGAGAUGUCAGACGAAAAUGGCUAUCGGUUGCCUCAUACGGCGCCCUCCAAAGUCAUCUCUCAAGAGCAGCGAGCUCGAAUUUCACAAAACUUCAGAGCUGCCAAGGCUCUUCUUGCUCGGAAACGGCCGCGCGACACCACCGCCGUCGCUUUCCCUUGCCAGUUUUCUCCUCAUAAAGCUAGGGAAAUCGAGACUGCCGAAUCACCUGCUCCAAUUAGUACCAUAAAGAGAGUUCCUCUUUCAGAAAUAUCAGCAAACACUUUAUCUGCGGUUCAUUUUGGGGGCAUAAACUCUAAGCUAGAAACGCCGGUGCGUAAGCCGGAGCCAGUCUCUGGGACGGUUUGUCUUCCUUUGGUUGGUGAAAGUGCUUCAGAAUCUUUUGUGACUCCAAUUAAACAGCAGCUAGAGUGUUCUGGCUUCAGCAAUUACUCAUCUAUUACUUCUACUAGCCUACUGGAUGAUGAAUUUGAUGAAUCCGUCCUGGAAGCAAUCGAUGCUAUAUGUGAACAAGCUUCUGCUGCAAAAGAUAAGGAGACUACGAUUGGCAGUAUUCGUGUGGACAACGAGCGCGGUGAAAUGGUCUUAGGAGGCCAUGGCAGUGUUUGUGCUGUGGCUAUUGCUGCCAAUGGGGACGAGAGGAUGGGAAGUGUGUUGGACUCGGGUGAUAAUUCUGAAUCCAUGGAGAGUGAUGAUGGUAAUACGUCGCAGACCAUGUCGUGUGGGGAAAUGCCCAGCGAGUACUGCAAGUAUUUGAAGUCUUUGAAUGACAGACAAAGGGAAGCAGCUUGUAGUGAUAUUUCAGUCCCUUUGAUGAUUGUUGCUGGUCCAGGAAGUGGCAAGACUUCUACUAUGGUUGGUCGUGUUCUGAUGCUGCUCAAUAAGGGUAUUAGUCCGUCGAACAUUUUGGCGAUGACUUUCACCACAGCUGCAGCAUCUGAGAUGCGAGAUAGAAUUGGAGCAGUAGCCGGGAAAGCCACAGCUAAAGAGCUUCCUAUCAGCACAUUCCAUUCAUUUUCCUUGCAACUUUGUAGAUUGCAUGCUGAGAAGUUGGAGAGGACUCCAGACUUCUUGAUAUACGGUCAUAGCCAUCAGAGAAGGGCAGUCAUUGAGGCUAUCCGCUUACUAGAGAAGGAAAAUCAAACUAUCCAGAACAAUGAUUCCUUGAAAAGUGCUGAAGAUGGUAAUCUUGGUCCUGAGUGUUUCAAGGAUACAUCAAAGAAGUGGCUCAAGUUUGUGACUCAGGCUAAGGCUUCAGGAGAGUCUCCUGCAGAUUAUGUCAAACUGGGCAACAAGACAGGAGCAGCCAUCCUUGGGAACUACAAUGACAUAUUGAGAUCCUGCAAUGCUCUGGAUUACCAUGAUUUGAUCAGCUGUUCUGUAAAGUUGCUCACCAAUUUUCCCGAAGUGUUUAAGGAAUGCCAGGAUUCGUGGAAAGCAAUCGUGAUUGAUGAGUUUCAGGACACAAGUGCUAUGCAGUACACUCUUCUGAAACUUCUAGCAUCCCAUAAUCACAUAACAAUUGUUGGUGAUGAUGAUCAGUCCAUUUUCAGCUUUAAUGGAGCUGACAGUUCUGGGUUUGAUUCAUUCCGCCAUGAUUAUCCAACCUAUAAAGAGAUUCGACUCAAUAAGAACUAUCGAUCGACACGCUACAUUGUUGAGGCUGCCUCAUCACUUAUCAAAAAUAACAUCAGACGUUGCCAACUUAAGGAUAUCCUAACCGACAAUUCUUCCGGAUCUAAGGUGAUCAUAAAGGAAUGUCAGAAUGAUGAAGCACAAUGUAAUUUUGUUGUUGACAAAAUAGUGGAAACUGUAUCGGAGGCCACAUCUGACAAGCCUUCUUAUGGAAAUAUAGCCAUUCUUUACCGGAGACAGGUAUCAGGAAAACCAUUCCAAAUAACAUUUCGUGACAGGAAAAUACCAUUUAAUGUUCAUGGCGUGGCCUUCUACAGGAAAAAGGUAGUCAAGGCCAUUAUUGCUAUGCUGAGGACCACAAUACCUGGUUGUGAUGAUGAUGGGGCAUAUCGGCAAGUCUUCAAGGCUUUGCUUCCUUUUGACAAGGAAGAAAAAAAGAUGGUUAUUGGUCACAUUGACAAAAUAUCAAUCACCAGAAAAUGCCCCUUUGUAUCUGCAGCCCGUGACAUCUUUACUGCCAAGGUUUCCGGUACCUUUAAGAGGAGCCAACUCACCCAGGGACGUAAGGUGUUAACAACUCUAGAGAUGAUAUCCAAACUCAUUCAUAGGGAACAGUCAAUUUCAGCUGUCAUAACUUCAGCAGCUAACAUGGUACCUCAGAAGUACCUUCUAGAGCAAAGGGCGGUGGUAGAUGUUGACGGGGGGAAAUUGCUGAAUGAAGACAAUGAUAUGCGAUCUGUUCUUCAGUACUUGCUGGAUGAUGUUACUGAUUUCAUGUCCACACCAAUUGCUAAAAAAGAAGGGAGCAGUGACAAUACGAUGGAAGAGAAGGGUUGUGCUAAGCAGCUGAAAGCAUUUCUCGAGUACGUAGCAGAGCGGGAGAAAGAAAACUUCCGCUCUCGGAGACAAGAUAAUAACAAUUCUGUUACCUUGACCACUAUUCAUCAGUCAAAAGGGUUAGAAUGGGACGUGGUUUUCAUAAUAAAGGCAAAUGAUUCAGAAAUCCCUUUGUUGUAUGAAUACAAUGGCGUUGCAAAGGAACAUGGCAAUUCAAUCGAAGAGGAACGCCGUCUGUUAUAUGUGGCAAUGACUCGUGCCAGAAAGGAGCUCUUCAUUCUUUACGUCACAGUGGAUUCCAAUUGGCAGAUGCUGCAACCAUCCCGGUUUCUCAGGGAAAUUCCGAAUCAUCUUCGGGAGAUUCAGGCAGAUGUCUGUCUUCAGGACUUAGAACCAAAAUGUCCUAGAAUCCCGAAAGUCUCCGGCAACUCUGACAUGAAAUCAGACAAACCCUGUGAUAAGAUUCAAACUGAUUCAGCUUUGGAGGAGACGAUGGAAGCAAUUGAAGCUCACAAUUCAAAUGGGUUCAUAAAGAGAUUUGCUGUGGAGGACAGGUCAGUGGUUUCCCACAUAUUCCAUCAAUGGGCAAAGAAGCAAGCCUUUCAAACUCCCAAAAGGUUACUUGACAAGGUGGGAUUUGUGAUUGAUGAACGCUUGAGGGUGAAGAAAACCAAGCACAAGGAUGUUUUGCAAGGCUUGAAAUCUUGUUUGAGCAGCGACGAAGCAUUUCAGUAUGCAGAAUAUGUUCUAAGAUGGGAGAAGAUUCCAGCUGACAAGCGGGCUCAUAUUAUGCGAGAGAAACAGGAGCAUUUCCAGAAAUUGAGGAUCGAGAAGUCCAUGAGUACAUCUGCACCCACACCUAAGCAGGUGAAAUAUUUACCAUUUCCCCAUUGCAUAUCUGCAGAACUUGGGAUGCACCACGUCUCCAACAUCACGGCUUCAUGCCUGCCGUUUGAUUGAACAGUAUAAAUCCUUGUGAAGCUGCUGCUGCUAAUCUAUUGCUCUCGAGUGUAAGUUUAGAAAUCUACCCAUUUACGAUUUACCAUCCCCUGGAUGUCUGAUAAUUUUAAAUGACCCCUGUUGUUGGAACUUGCUUUGGCCAAAUGACCUCACUUGGGUUACAUAGUUCUGCAGUUGCAGAAAGAACCAUUUUGAAGUAUGAUUGGAGAAGCUACUCUACCACUGCCAUAUUUAGUUGGUUGUGGCUUAUAGUCGUCGUAUUACGCAUAGACUCCU